AUGACAUGAUUGACGUACGCUAUCGUAAACUCCAUCGAAUGAUUUUCCCAUGAAUGAAAAACGCACUGAUAUGAAUGUGAACUCUUGCAAACGAAGUUAUUUGCAUAAAAGGCGGAGUUAAUUAUGGUAUGAAAUAACAUACAUUGAGUAAAUAUGUGUAAAAGUUGUAAAAGCCACAUGUUUGUUCAUACUUAAAGUUUUCUUUCAUUCUUUCAGUUUCACAAUAGCAGCACUUUGUCAGACUGAUGGGAUACAAAAUUUUAGUUCAGAAGAAUCAAACUUUACAAGAAGAAAAAGAUAAUAUCACCAGUGUGGAUAUAAAAUUUUAAGUUGUAUGAAUGUCAUUCUUUGGAUAUUAUUCCUUCAGUAGUGUUAGAAGUGCAGAAAAUGGCACGGACAAGACUUGAUCGAAACUUAAAUUUUGUAGCUGGGACAAUAUUUGGCUUGUGUGUAGGACUGGUUUUGUCAACUUGGUGUCGAAACAAGUUACUACCAUGUAUGCCGACUUUCUCAAGAUCCGGGUGCUGCAGUGGAGCUUUGGACUUCAUCGAAAAUGGUAAUUUCAAUGGCGAUAAUCAAAAUAAAGAAUCUCCAAAUAGUGUUUAUAUCGAAGAAGCAGAUGAAAAAGGUUUUAUAUUCAUAGGAAUCAUGACUGCUAAAAAAUACUUAGAUUCGCGUGUUGUGGCUGCAUACAGAACUUGGGCACAAAGUGUAAAUGGUGAAGUAAUGUUUUUCUCUAGUGAAAACUCAGAAUCUUCAUAUGACGUGCCAGUUGUUAGUUUGAAAAAUGUUGAUGAUUCUUAUCCACCACAGAAAAAAUCAUUUGCUAUGUUAAAGUAUAUGAGUGAACAUUAUCUUGAUAAAUAUGAAUGGUUUAUGAGAGCUGAUGAUGAUAUAUUUAUCAAAGGUGACAAGUUAGAACAGUUUUUAAGGUCAAUUAACAGCUCCAAGCCACAAUACAUCGGACAAGCUGGAGUUGGAACUAAGGAAGAGAUAGGGUUGCUCAAUCUAGGGAGCACUGACAAUUAUUGUAUGGGAGGCACAGGGAUGGUUUUUAGUCAUGAAACUUUAAGAUUACUGAAACCUCAUCUGAAAUUUUGUGUUGGAAACCUCUACAGUACACACGAAGAUGUUGAGAUUGGACGUUGUGUCAGAAAAGCAGCAGGGAUUCCAUGUACAUGGGCUUUUGAGAUGCAGAAAUACUUCUACCAGAACUUCAAGGAGUACAAAGGUUCAUUUGUGGACACAUUAUUAGACAAGGAAGUUCAAAGGGCAAUAACUCUUCAUCCAAUCAAGAUGCCCACCUACCAGUACAGAAUCAACAAUCAUUUCACAUCCGUAAAAAUCAAAGAAAUGAAGCAAAAGGAGCUUGAACUUCAUAGAGAGAUAACUGAGAUGAAUCAAGUUCUAAAUGCCAAGUAUGACUUUGAUAAAUAUGGUCUCAAGCCUUCGGUCACCACUUUUAUACCACAGAAACCUAGCGAUGUGAUUGGAUGGGAAUUUAUCAACUCUAAAGUAGUUACUUCCCACCUAAAUGUCAACCCAAGAAAAGGUUUGACAGCUUACCGAAAGGAAACACUAAAUGAAGUAGUUGCUCAAACAAUGGAAAUAAUAAACAAGAAUUCCAAACACCGGGGACGAACUAUUGACUAUAAGGAUGUUUUAUAUGGUUAUACUAAUACAGAUCCCCUAAAUGGUGCAAAUUAUAUUCUAGAUAUUUUGCUUACUUAUAGAAAACACAAAGGAAAGAAUUUGAAUGUCCCUGUAAGGCGACAUGCAUACUUACACCAGACUUUCUUGAAAACAGAAUUUAUUGAAAGUCCAUGGACUUCGGAACAAGAUAAUAAAGUGACUGCAGAUUCUCCUCACAUAUUCCAGCAGCUGAGAGGGAGUGAGAAAAAUUUGGAGAAAAAUAAAUUGAAAGAAACUGUACAUUUGAUUUUACCUUUGGCGGGUAAAGUUAAAGAAUUUGACCGGUUUAUGAAAAUAUUUGAAGAAAUCUGUUUAGCUAAGAAAGAUAAUGCUCAAAUGCAUAUUGUAUUAUUUACAGAGAAUAGUUCAGCUAAAGAAGUUGAAGAUAUUUUAAAUAUUGUCGGCAAGUAUCAAAGAAAAUAUGGCGGUCAUCUCUUAGAGGUUAUAGAGACGGAAGGUGAUUUUGCUCGAGCAAAAGCUCUAGACCUUGGUGCAAAACAGUGUUCAGUUGAUGAUUUGAUAUUUUGUGUUGAUGUAGAUAUAGUGUUGACUCAAGAUGCCAUAAAUCGUAUACGACUGAACACUAUACAAGGUGUGCAAGUGUACUACCCUAUAGUUUUUAGCCAAUACGAUCCAAGUGUUUUAUGUGGUAACCAAUCAAAUUGUAAGAUAGAAAUGUUCGACUUCGACCAUCGAAUGGGUUAUUGGCGACAAUUUGGAUUCGGGAUAGCUGCAAUGUAUAGGAGUGACCUUGAGCGCGUAGGGGGCUAUGACACAGGCAUACAAGGGUGGGGAAAGGAAGAUGUUGACUUGUUUGACAAGGUUGUUCAAAGCAAUCUUACAAUAUUCCGUGCAGUAGACACUGGUAUGAUACAUGCAUUCCAUCCGAUAAAAUGUGAUGUUAACUUAGAACCUUCGCAAUUCCAAAUGUGUAUAGGGUCCAAAGCUACAUGUCUCGCGUCGCAAAAUCAACUUGCGCAAAUGACUCUAAAAAUAGACAAGAUACUCAACAGAAAUUUAGAUGUAAAAGUCUGACCAUAGUUUUAUUUCUAGAACAUUGUUAUUAUUUUCUCUUUUUUGUUGUUGUAAUUUUAAAGGGAUUUUUUUGUUGCUUAAAAAGGGUCAUUAUAAUCAUUCAUUGUUUAAAUAAAGAAUUGUGUGAUGGUCAUAUCAGAUUGAAAUCUAUUUUGUUAUAUUUAUACAUCACUGUCGAGCAUAGCUUUUGUUUCACUUUAAAUGAAAAACUUUUUCAAAAUGUUAUUUUGAAUGGACAUUUUUUUAUAUUACGUGUAAAAGUCUUAAAUGUUUAAUUCAAUUUGAACAAUUUUAUUUAUCUGAAAUAGAUAGUGAAUAGUUUGCUAUGCAUUGCUUUGAAAUUGAAUUGAUUUGAAAGUAUGGUUUUCAAUAAUUUUGUUAUAGUAUGCGUGGUUUGUGUGAUUUUUUUAAUUGUUUAAACUUUUUUGUUUGUUUUGUUUUAAAGAAUAGGAAUAUAUUGCCAUGGAAUUAAAUGUUUCAAUGUAUUAGGUACCAACCAGAGUGCUAUCUCUUCAUACAUUGCUAGUUAUUUUUGUGUUUAUACGGAUAUAAAAUGUUGUAAACAUUGUUGCUUAGGCCAUUAGUCAUGGUGUUUAAAAAAACCAUAAUUCCUCACCUUAGUGCAGUAAUGGGAUAUAACCUUCUAGAUUUAAUAAGAGUUAACCAGUUAUUGCACUUAGGUGACAAAUUAUAUUAAUAGAACUAGUAUGACAAAGUAACUUGUCUAUUUUUAAAAUAUUUGUCACAA